CGCCGUGCAGCGCCACCUGCAGCAUCCAAGCCCGUAGUACAGUGCCUCCUCUCUUUCCGAUUCUCCAAUGUUCACAGCUCGGCCGGAGCCUGUCGUCUUCCCGGCUCCAUUUCCACAGGAUUUAUACCACUACUAACAACCCCAGAUCAGGACAGGACCGCACGAAAGGGGGGAUAAUGUCCAGUGACAGGCAAAGAUCAGACGAUGAAAGUCCGAGCACCAGCAGUGGCAGCUCGGAUGCGGAUCAGAGGGACCCGCCAGCACCAGAACCAGAAGAGCAGGAGGAGAGAAAACAGCCCACAGCAGCCCAGCAGCAAAAGAAAAGUACCAAAUUGUCCAGUAAAACUACAGCUAAAUUGUCGACCAGUGCUAAAAGAAUUCAGAAGGAGCUAGCUGAAAUUACUCUGGAUCCUCCUCCAAACUGCAGUGCUGGUCCAAAAGGAGACAAUAUAUAUGAAUGGCGGUCUACCAUCCUAGGGCCCCCAGGUUCAGUGUAUGAAGGAGGAGUUUUCUUUCUGGAUAUUACUUUUUCCUCUGACUACCCCUUUAAACCACCAAAGGUCACUUUCCGCACUCGGAUUUAUCACUGCAAUAUCAACAGUCAGGGAGUCAUCUGCCUGGAUAUUCUGAAAGACAACUGGAGCCCUGCUCUGACUAUCUCAAAGGUUCUCUUGUCUAUCUGUUCCCUCCUGACGGAUUGCAAUCCCGCUGAUCCUCUGGUUGGAAGUAUAGCCACUCAGUAUUUGACUAACAGAGCAGAGCAUGACAGGAUAGCCCGGCAGUGGACCAAGAGAUAUGCUACAUAAAUAACAGGACCUCUUGUGCAGUGUGAAGAAUCAGGAGGCAACUUUACAACAUGCAGCAAAUCUUGAUAGCCUUUACAAUACGGACUUCUGUGUAUAUGUUAUACUGGUUCUACUCUCUGCUUUUAUCCUAUGGAGACUGGGAGGAGAUCCUGAAAAGGUAAAUGCUGUCGGAGUAGAAUUUUGUAGCUGUAGAUUUUAGUUAUGUUUAAAUGCCUACUUGCAAGUCUUGCUUCUUUGGGAUAUCAAAAUGUAUUUUGUGAUGUAAUAAGGAAACUAUUCCUAAAUUCAACCAAAUAUUAUGGUGCAUUUUAGCCUAAUCCAUUAUUUGUUUGAAGUUAAAUAAAACAAAUAGCUGUAGAUUAUUAAGAAUAAUGUCAUUUAUAUUAAACCCAGAUCCAUUUCCAGUUGUGUGGUACAUGCUGUUGUGAACUAUGUUUUACCUUUUUCAAUUUGUAAUAGAUUUCAUUUAACCUUUUGUAGCUCAAAAAAUUAUGAGCAACCACUGUAACAUCCGGAAACAUAAUAAACUUAUUCCGCAGGGUCAUGUGGUGUUACUAUACCCAAGAUAUACAGUAGAUAUUGACAUUUAAACAUUAAGUGAACAUAAUGAUAAUUUGAAAAAUUGCCUUUGAUAAUACCGCAACUAUUAGGGUUGAAUUGUGUAUCUUAUUAAAAUGAUGCAUGAUAUUUAACUGUUGCAGGAAAUGAAUCAUUUAAAGUAGCUGUUUAACUGAAACAUGUAUGGCUUGUGGUUGUAAAGUGCCACUUAAUUUCCAAUACUUCUUUGACCACCCCUGUGCUAUUACUUGCACCCCUUAGGCCAAAAUAGGAAAUACGUGUUUUUAAAAUGUCUGUAUUUUCUGGCAAGUUAUAACCUAGUUAAUUCUCCUGGAUUUUAUUUAUGUAAAAGACCAACAUAAAUAUACAUUUUUAUUCCCUUGAAUCGCUUAUAACUGGAGUGUUUUCACUUAGUUAAGCAAUGACAACUAACCAGUUAUUUUCUGUGUAAUUCUUGGAAUUAACUUGAUAGUGAAACCUCUGUUUAAACUCUGAAGGUACAGGAAUACAGUGCAGCCCUUUUUUAUAUCUGUGGUGUGCUGUAAUGUUGUCCUCUUCAGAGGAAAUAUUUAUCUCUGUGUCGUUCACCUGUCUCGCAGGGUUUGUAAAGCAGGAUGGCAUCUGUUAAAGUAAUUGUAGCUAACAAUAAUUUCCUGUUUGGCCCUUACAUUAAUUAAUAGUCUCAAAUGUGCAGUUUUGAAAAAGACAUGUGUUAUAGAGCAUA